AUAUGUUAUCAUGGAAAUGUGUACUGAUUGCAUACUCAAUCACGCUUUUAUAUAAAGUGACAGCAUACUCAACCAUUCACCGGGAGGUACCCGGAUUCCUUAACCGUACCAACUUACCGAAACGCAUUAAUUACCAAAAACGAAAUGCAUCAACAAGUACAAACAAUGGAGAGUCACCGUGGAGAUGUCAUUUUCCAGCAUUGAGCCAAUCUGGGUUGAUAUACCUAGACAACGCAGCAACUACACAGAAGCCAUACUGCGUCAUCGAGGCUAUAACUAACUACUACGCAUCACCGUGUUCUAAUGUACACAGGUCACAAUAUCAGCUGGCAACUGCGGUUUCUAAUCAAUACGAAGACGCACGGACGGCGAUCGCCAAGUUUAUCAAUGCACCUAGCGCAAGAAAUAUAAUCUUCACGAGUGGAGCUACCGAUUCCAUUAACCUCGUUGCGAAUGCUUGGGGAUACACCCAUAUUAGACCCGGGGACACUGUACUAGUCCCAUUAUCAGAGCAUAAUAGCAACAUAUUACCGUGGAAACUGCUAGAGCAGAAGAAUAACUCUAAUGUACACUUUGUCAAGCUGAACACCGAUGGCACAUUGGACCUAGACGACUACAAACGCCAAUUAAGUACUGGAAAGGUCCGACUCAUAUCCAUAGCACAUGCCUCCAAUGUUCUUGGGGUGGUACAGGACUUAAAAUCGAUUAUUGCAACGGCCCAUGAACAUGGAGCUCUAGUGCUUGUCGAUGCAUGUCAGACUCUAGCCCACGUAAAUAUUGACGUACAACAACUGAAUUGCGAUUUCUUAGUGGCCUCGGGCCAUAAGGUCUAUGGUCCAACUGGUAUCGGGUUCCUAUAUGCUAAGCAGGAAGUUAUAGAACACAUGUCACCAUAUAAGGGUGGCGGAGGCAUGGUAAAGAACUUGGAUACAUCGGGAUACGAAUUGGAAGAUAUACCACAUAGAUUUGAAUCGGGUACACCACCAGUGGCACAGGCUAUUGGACUAUCAAAGGCACUAGAGUUCAUUUCACAUAUUGGACUAUCAAAUAUUGCAUCUCACGAGAGAAUGUUACUAAGCCAUCUAGAUACACAGCUGCGAAACCUGGCUACAGUACACAGCCCACCGAUCAAGCACGAACACGUUCCAAUCGUCACGUUUAACAUCGCUGGGCAAAGUCCAUACGACUUAGCACAGCUACUCUCAACCCGGAAUAUUGCAAUACGAGCAGGACAACACUGUGCCCACCUACUGCAUAAGAAGUACCUACCAAGCACAAACUCCCUGCGCGUGUCCUUGGGCAUGUAUAACAAUAAACAGGAGAUUGAUACAUUCAUUGGGUGCAUAGAGGACUGUAUAUAUACCCUGAGAAGCAUAUCAACACGAUGAC